UGGGAGGAGUAACGAACGUACGUGAUUGAAUUCUUCAAAGCACGACUGACUCGUGACUAGUUGGUGGCUGGCGUGUUGAAGUUUUCGAUGCAGGUUGUAAGUUGUACGUGUGUGCUGUGUAGACCUUAGUUUAGUCUUUGGUAUCGUAAUAGUCAGUACGUAUACUAAAAUACUCGUAUGUCGUCGGCUUUAGUUUCGAUAUCGUUGUAAUAUUUCGCCGGGUUAUAGUAGCGAUGAAUUGCGACGCGUAAUGAUGUAAUGAGCCGAGUAUUAUCAAACAACAUGUGAAGUUCGGGUGAAUUUUUUUAUCGUGUAAUUUUUAUUCGUCGUUUCUAGUCUGUUUAAAUUUUAACCGUUUUUUUUCUCUUAGUGCCAAACGUCAAACGAUCGAUCGUUUGAAUUUUAAAUGUUCGUUAUGGUUUCAUGUUCGCUGUAGCAUUUUCCUCUUCAACGUUUUGAUUUGGUUUGCUUUUGUUUUGUUCGAAUCGUUUAAUCAAAAUAUUACCUACCCAGUGUUGUUGAUCGUAUCGUAUAUUAGUGCCAUAUUUUGUGGAAAUUCCAUGUCAACGAAUGCAUUUACGAGAUGGUAGCUAGAAAGAUAGUACGAUGAGUAAACGUUGGGUUACACCUUCUUUCGAUGCGGCGGCGAUAGCGACGACCGAAGCAGAACCCGGAACGUUAUCGAAAAAACGUAAGACGAAAAAUACCGGAGGCGCUACUCGUCGCCGUCGACCAGUUGCCGGUACAAAUUCGAGCACCAGCGUUACAGUGAAAAAGGGCGCCGUCGGCGUCGACUUGCUGAGCAAAUAUCAACCCGAAACUCCUGAAGAUUUGGUCAUCCAUGUGAAGAAGGUCGAUCAAGUUCGUACUUGGAUACGCGAACGAAUUUCGAAUGGCAGCGGCGGCAAUGGCAAAUACCUUCUGUUACACGGGCCAAGCGGCAGUGGCAAAAGCACCACUUUCCGCGUGCUGGCCAAAUCGUUGAACGUCAAGAUCAUCGAAUGGAUCACGCCGCUGGAUCGCGAAUGGUUGGCAGCUGACGACUACAACAUCGAUGACGAUGGCGGCGGCGACGAAUACAAUCGUUAUUUUCGCACUAGCAGCAGCGCCGGCGAUACAUUCGAUAAUUUUUUAUGGCGCGCGUCGCGAUACAGCUGCUUGACUACCGGCAUCGAGAACGAGCCAGCGUCACCGGCUUUGAAAGUAAUCCUGGUAAAAGAUUUUCCACAUUCGUUCGUGCAAAAUCCGCACUCUUUUCACGAUAUUUUGAGAAAAUACCGCCAUUACAGUACGUAUCCGGUGGUAUUUGUGUGUAACGAUGAUUCGACUUCUCGCGAUUUGUUCCCGGAGAGUAUUCGCAGCGAAUGCGGAGUGCAGGAUAUCGCCUUCAACGCCGUCAAUUGUACGGCGAUCACGAAAGCGUUGAAACGCGUCCUCGAAAUCGAACUCGUUCACAAUCCUCAGCUGGUGGGUCGUUUACCCGACGACGUUAGCUUACAAUCUUUCCACGAACAAUCGGGUGGCGACUUGAGAUGCGCCCUUUUGAAACUUUAUUUCGCCAUCAUCAAACCAUCACCGUCGCAAAAGGAGCAGAUACCGGCAACAGCGAUUGGUGGCAGCACCAACAAUAGCGAAGACAACGCCGCAGCCGCCGUUAAAGACCAACACAGCUCGGCGGACUUAUUCAGAAUACUAGGAAGAAUUUUGUAUUGCAAAAGGGAACCGCUGACGCAGACACAGCCACAAGUUCGUCAUGCUCGCGAUUACACAUUCGUACACGAUCCAGAUCAGCUGGCGAAAAGCCUGGCCGAUCGGCCUUCCACGUUGACAAAUUUUCUGCAGGAAAAUUACGUUUCGCGAUUCGAAGACUUGACCAAUGUAGCUGCUGUCGCCGAUACGUUCUGCGUGGCCGACGUCGCUCUCAAACAUCAUUACUCGAGCCGAGAGACGGUGGCCGACGUUAUCGUGCUAAACGGCCUCGUUCGUCGGCUAAUGGUAUCCAAUAUCCGGCCCAAAAAAUCGUUCGCUCCUUUCGUCAAACCGCGAACAUACGAUAGCGCCGAAACAUACGCGGCACUUUUCUCGCGCAACAUCCGAAAGGUCUCGCCGUCGCAUUUUCACUUUUCUUCGCCCGCACUGGUCACGCACGUGCUACCCUUCGCACGCGUCAUUCCAUCUGCGGACGAGUUGCAGCAUCAUUUGCGACAGAUGGCAAAGUCCGGUCACACUGGUCGACUCGCUUCUUCCCUAAUGCCUGCUUGACUGCAAUGGCUCGUGGCAAUUUUUUUCAUCAAAUUUUAUGCUCUAGUGCUGUGUAUCUGUUUUUAUAAUUAGUCUUUAUUAUUGUAAAAAAAAUGCAUAGGUAUGACUGCUCCAGGUUGCAACAGCUCCGUACUUUGAACGUUUCGCAUGUUUACUACUCUACUUAUUCCUAUUAUAUUCCCUGAAAAUAUGCGGUGAACGAGUAACACUUUCAUUUCAAAAAAAGGAAAAUAGCAAUACCUAAAGAUAAUUGGAGUUCGUAGGACGAAUGGGCCCGGCUGUGUUUUUUUGCCUUCCGCUCGGUGAUCCGAGUAAUUGUUGAUGAAAGUUUCACAGAUUCUUUGGAACUUUCUCAAGUAUAAAAAAAACUCUGCAGUUUGAAUCAAUUUUUCGUCUUUGAAGUAUUUCUGUUUUAUUAUUUCUUCAUUUUGAAGUUUUAAUCGUGUUCAUCUUUAGCAUUAGAUUUAUGGAGAAAAAAAAGUCGGAGGAUAUUGACCUUUAGUGAAGAAAUUCAUUUUGAAUUGAAAGUUACUUGAAGAAAAUUUUAGCUUCGAAGGUACUACUUUUGUAGGACACAUGUGGGCCCCCAAGGAGAAAGUAGCCAACCCAACCUGUUUUGUAAAAAAUGGCCCAUUUCCUAGAGAUAGUUCAUACUUAUGUACCUAUGUACUUUGAGAUUUUGCAUCGUCCAGGCCAUUUCUAUCAAGAUCCAAGACCACUUUUGAGGUUCUACUGAGCGAUAAAAAACUUACAAAUCGCAUAUUUUUGAGUAAAUUUGUGUUUUGAAAAUAUUUUUUUCUCAAUUAUUACGCGUUAAUUAUGUGAUGAUAUCGAAAAAUAUCAUUUUUGAAAUUGCGAGAAUAUUUUGGUAUAGAGAGGUGCGAAUUUCUUUGUCACCAUUACCAAUUUCAAAAGUUUUCAAAUGGGCAAUAAUGAUCAAUAAAUUAGCGCCUGCAUAAUAUUCCAAAAUAUUUCCCCAAUUUCAGAAUUAUUGAUAUUUUCAGAUGUUUUAGCAUAAGUACAUGGUGCAAAAUUUCUGUUUUGAAAAGAAGAUAUUUUCAAAACACGAAUUACCUAUCUCAAAAGUGAGCGAUUUGCUUAGUAGAACACCAAAAAAUUUUCUGACAGACUUUCAAUUCAAAAUGUAGAUCUCCACUAAUUUUGGUUAAAAUCUUUCAACUUUUUUUUCGUGAUCCAUCUGAACGUGGAAAUUGAUGGAUUUUUGUACGCAAGUUCUGUUUAAUCGCAUAUUUAGCUGAACGAGUACGUUCUGAAAUCAAAAACUGAUGAUGAAAACUGUGAUGACACUUGAUGGGCCAUCAACAUUCAACACCCUUUGAAUGUUCUCUUAUUUACAUAAAAAUGUGCUUGAAGAAGUUGAACAAUUCUACGAGGAACGUGGGUGGAAACGUGGGUGCCUAAUUGAAAUUUCACAAAAGUCAUGAAUAGCUCUAAUUAUUUUGAGUAAUUGUAUAAAUAAUCCGCAAAAAAACAAAAAAAAACGAAGAAAUUAAUUCAAUUUUCAAUUGCAUUGGUUUAUUUUGAGUAAUUGUAUAAAAAUAAUCUGCAAAAAACAAAAACAAAAAAAGAAAAAUUAAUUUAAUUCCUAAUUGCAUUGGUUUAAAAUAUUAUCCAAAUGGAUCUCAGUGAAAAUGAUAACACCGGAGGUUUCAGUACUUUAUUUCCUUUGAGGAAUUUUAUUUUUUCUCCUCAUUCUCAAAAGUAAUCUGUCCACUAAGCUUUUUUUUAUUUUUUAUUUUCACUUGUUUGAUCUUUUUUGGAUGGCAAUCAGACCAAUGUAAAACCAAGAAGGGUAUCAUUGCAAGCUCUCAGAUUUCCUAGCAGAGUUUUCAUUGCUAUUUCUCAACAAUUUUUUUUCUUAUACCAAUUCCUUGCAGUUGCGAGUGAAGGUCUCCUAAAUCGGACACUCCAAAAUGACUCAUACAACAACUGAAAUGUGCUUUGAAUAUAAUGUUCAUUUUGUACAAUUUUUCCAAUAUCAUAAAUUCAUAAGCAUAACAAUUGCAAACUCAAGCAGUCACCAUAUUUUUGUACUUUUGCCUGUAUGGUACAAUUGCGGUCAGCAAUAAUUUUUUGUGAAUGAUGCAUGAUGUACUCGUUGUUUGUUUUAUUCCUUUUUUUCCCCUCAGAACUUCUUAAGAAUUUUGUUAUAUAUAUUUUUUUUAGAAAAGUUUUGUUAGUGUAAAAACUCAAAUUUCAACAUUAUAAAAGUGAAAUAUUACUAUAAAAAAAUUGUCA